GAUCGGAAUCGAUUGAAUCCUUCAUUCCCAAGGCUUAGGAACCUCUUGCACCACUCAAAGCACCUGCUAUUGUCUCUUGUACCUCCCUUAGUUCCAUGAUUGGUUCCAAAGAAAGGAGCAAAUUAAUGGAACAUAAAAACGUCGAAGACAACAUUCAUUCACUCUCAGUUUCGCUCGUCCGCCAACUAUCAUUCUAGUGGGUUUUUUUUCAACGUGGUUGUCUGGCAUUGGAUCAUAGAGUCCUCAAGAGCUUCAGCUGCCAAGAUCACGUUCAGCUUAUCAUCAGCAUCAGCGUUCAGCCGUGAAUUGGGUGUGGCUUGAAUAAGUAGAGAAGAAAUAGAUUCAUUCGAAUGAAUAAGGGUUAAGGUCCAAGGCGUAAUCCAUUUGGAUCCUCGGUCAGUGGUUCUCUGAAAGUCAGCUGAUUAUCCAAUCCGUGACUUGGUUUGUAUGUAACCACAAGCAACCAAUCCUGGGUCCAUCCUUAGUGCCAGAAGGAAGUAGACCUUUUAAGGCCGGCUUCUCGAGAAGGGUGGCCUUUUCUGGUUGACUAGAAGCUGAAAAGUCUAACGACUUACAGUUAGUUGAUCAGACUUUGACAAUGGGGUGGGUUGCCGUUAUGACCCAUCUUUCAAAAGUGUGACUCCCAAGAGAGCUUGAGAACGCCCUCAAGAAAACAGACUGGUGUGGUGUGAUAGCGCGUGUGUGCUUCUUUUUCUUCUUCUCAGGCCUGAUUCCAGAGGGUCGACGACAAUCAGUGAAAGCCGAAUUUCGUACAGUACAGCAGUGUAGCUCCUCGGAGCUUGUCUCUUAUCAGGUUGCAUUUUUAGCUCGGGUUAAUCUAAAAAAUUGUGAUACUGAAAACGCCAUUUAACGUGAACAAAACUCGGGAUUGAGUUGGAUAGACAUUGAGUAUUGACUGGUGAGACAUGAGGACGGAGAGUGCUUUUCAAAUACCUUUGGUCAAGGACGCCAAGAUGCAGACCUCCAUGUACAUGGCUGGCUUGGAGGUGGCAACGGUGUUCUUACUGUUCCUAGGGAUCUUCAAUACGCUCAAAAGUGUGUACGGUCGGCCCAGCUUCGUGGGUCAUUUCCAUUUGAAACAGAGCGUGGUGACCGAUAUCGCCAACAAAACCAUGUCAGCCUUGUUUGCCGUCACAGCCGCGUCCACGGGAAUAUUCCUCAUGACGGCCUCCGAUCGAAGGAAGCAAGACUUGCUGAUAAUGGAACACAUUCUCUUUGUCGUCAUGGCUUACUUCUUCUACGAUACGAUUAGUAUGUUCAAGGUCUUUGAGGCUAAGUAUGAGGAGAACCAUCCGGACCACACGGCCAGCUCUCUGGGUUUAUUCUGGAGAUUCAUGAAGGACCAACCGCUCCUAAUCGCCCAUCACUUGUCGUUGGCAGCCAUUUUCUGUCCCAUGAUGAGCCAGUGCUUGGAUCACGAACCCGGGGACCUGAUGGUGGGAUGCGCCCUCAUAUUUGAGGCCAGUACGCCCUUCGUGUCGCUCAGGGCCAUUCUCUCACACUUGGGUCUCAAGUCUAGUUUGUUAUACUUAUUCAACGGUUUAGCCAUGGUGAUUGUGUUUCCAAUGUGUCGGAUCUUCAUUUAUGGGUGGUUCUAUUACACCUACGCUUCGAUCAGGAACAUUACCAUCUGGGAGGGCGUGGCGUCCACUCCCAGGCACUGCAUGGUCUUCAUGACCCUGGUCCUUCUCCCUCAAUUGUAUUGGUAUCGCCUUAUGGUCAAAGGAGCAAGUAAAGUCCUGGAAGAACGCCGGGGGAAGGCCGAAAAACGAAUGUGAUUAUCUACUACGUUUUCUACAUUUUUGAUGCUAUUACCGCCAAUGUUUGCUGACAUUACGUUUGCAGCUUUACAAACUAAAAUUAUCAGGAGUUAUUUUCAAUACGAUAAUACAUACAUAUACACACAUA